AUGGAACUACCACCAUCUUUAUCAGCUAGAAAUAAAAAGUCAUUUGCAUAUAUAACAGUGAAAGAUCGUCUUCCAUCAAUUGUUACACGUAUUGUGGAUUUUCUUGCAAGAAAUCGUGGAAACUAUGCUAAAGAAUAUGGUGAUGAAGCAGAGAAUGAAUGUAAAUCUUGUAUUGCCGCGAUGGAUAAAUUACGAUAUGAAAUUGGUCGAGAUAAACCUAUUCUAUUAUUAACUGAUAAUCAUACUGAUGAUGUUCAUCUAUGGAAUGAAUGCCUUCAAAAAGAACUUGAUCGAGGCAAGCCUUUAGAAUUGAAAAGUUCCAGUUGGCUUCUUAAUGAAUGUUACAUGUACCGAAAAAUUGCUGAAGCAUUUUUUCUAACAAAGCAUUUACAACAUAUUGAUCCAUUUAUUGAAAUGAAACAAUAUAAUUUUAUUUUGUCGUCAAAAGCUACCGAUGUUAUUCUCGCUCAAUUGAAUACAGAUAUUGAUCCAACCAUCAAUCUUCUCAAUCAUAAAGCAACAAUCGAACAACAAUUUUACAAUUAUAUGGAAAUUAGUCUCUGGGGCAACGCAUGCGAUCUGUCAUUAUCUGGCGGUGCUGAUUGUUCCCAAGAACAUGAUCCAUUUCAUCAAAUCAGUGAACUCAAAUCCCAUAUAUUAAUUAAUAAUCAAUCAUCAGUUUUUAAUUAUCUCUAUGAUCAGCAAGCAUAUUUAUUAAAUUUUGAUGUUUAUAUUGAUUUCAUUCUUGAUAAUGCUGGCUUUGAACUUAUCACUGAUUUAUGUUUUGCUGAUUUUCUUAUCUCGAAACGUUUGUGUUCACGUAUAACACUAUACUUAAAAUGUUUACCAUGGUUUGUAUCUGAUGCAACGAAAACCGACUUUCAAUGGCUCUUAGACGAAUUAAAUAAAUCGUCAUCAAAUCCAGUGUGGCAAAUCGCUGGAAAACGAUGGGAAGAAUAUAUUCGAAAUGGUCAAUGGAUUAUUCAAACGCAUCGUUUUUUUACUUUACCCUAUGAUUAUUCAUCUAUGCAACGAAUUUCACCGGAACUUUACUCGGCAAUGUCAGAAUCGAAAUUACUCAUAUUUAAAGGUGAUCUUAAUUAUAGAAAGUUAGUUGGCGAUCUUCAAUGGCCAUUGAAUGAAACGUUUGAAACUGCAUUACGUGGUUUUCAACCAACUUCAUUCGUGGUUUUACGCACAUGUAAAGCUGAUGUACAAGUCGAAAUCGAUGAAAAAAUAGCAAAACAAGUAGCAAAACUUGAUCCAAAUUGGAUGGUAAAUGGAAAAUGGGCAGUUAUACAAACAUUUUUCAAAACGACUAACUGA